AUGGCAGAUGUGAAUGAAUAUUUCUCUAUUGACUUGUCUAAUGAUGGAGGUAUGAGUGAGGAUGAUGAUUCUGUGGCAGUGGCUGAUGAUGGCAAUGGCAAUAAUGAGAAUUCUAAUCCAGAUCGUUGCAAAUUAAUCCCUGACUUGACAGCUGAUGAGAUAAGGGAGCUGGUGUUUUGUUCUGAGAAGGAUGCUGUUGAAUUUUACCAACACUAUGCCCAUUUCAAAGGUUUUGGUGCAAGGAAAGAUGAUGUCCGUCGUGAUCGAAAGGGUAAUAUUAUUAGUCGUCAACUGGUGUGUAAUAGGGAAGGUGAGAGACAUGAGAAGCAUUUGAAUAAGGUUAGCCGAGUCAAAGAAGCAAAGCCUAUUACCAGAGUGGCUUGCCCAGCAAAGUUCCGUGUCCGUUUUCAUGCAGACUCAAGCAAGUGGAAGGUUGUGCUAUUUGAACCAGAACACAAUCAUGGGUUGACACCUGCAUCCCACGUUCAUUUGAUGCCCUCAUUCAGGGGAUUGACUGAUGGUGACAAGGCUCAAGUAGACAGUCUAAAGCUGUAUGGGGUGAGAAGUUGCAACAUAAUGGGGCUUUUGAUGGGUCAGAAAGGUGGGCAUGAAUCGGUGGGUUUUCUGAAAAAGGACUUAUAUAAUCAUGUUGAUAAGAAGAAAAGGAUAAGUUUAAGUGCUGGAGAUGCAGCCAGUGCAUUGAGUUAUUUGCAGCGUAAGGGGGAGAAGGAUCCCAUGUUUUUUUUCAAAUUCACAAGAUCAGGUGAAGAAAAUCUUGAAAACUUGUUUUGGUGCGAUGGAACAAGUCGCCUUGAUUACCAAGCGUUUGGAGAUGUCAUUGUUUUUGACAGCACCUACAAGAAGAACAAGUACAACAAACCGGUUGUUAUCUUUUCUGGCUACAAUCAUCACAAGGAGACUACAAUUUUUGCAUGUGCCUUGGUUUGUGAUGAGACCAUUGAGACUUACAAAUGGGUCCUGAAAGCCUUGGAUGAAGCUAUGUUUGGAAAGCAACCCAAAGCUGUUGUGACUGAUGGAGACAAAUCUAUGCGUGAAGCAGUGAAGGUUGUGUUUCCUAAUGCUACUCAUAGGCUUUGUGGAUGGCAUAUUCAGCAAAACUGUCUUGAGAAAAUUAAGAUUCCAGAUUUCUUGAAUGAAUUUAAGACUUUGAUUUAUGGGAAUUUCACUCCAGAACGUUUUGAAACUAAAUGGUUGCAAGUGAUUGAAAAGUAUGGUAUUGGUGAGGAAAAAUGGAUUAAACAGACGUAUGAAACUAGGUAG